AUGAUAUGGAUUGAGGGGCAACAAAGCAAGAGCGUGGCAGAUUUUGGAACGUGGACCAACCCUCUCCAUACCUUCCCUUUAAACUCAAUCAAUCUCUUAUCCCUCUAUCUUCUUCCCACUCCUUCCUCCUGGUUGGCUUCCCUUCGCUGUCUUCUCUGCAGAUACUUCAUUUCGAGAUGGUUAGAACUCUGUAGGCUGAGAAAGACAACACUCAUGCCGAUGGAAAGAAGAGUGCAGGCCAUGUUGCUAAAUUUUGUUCUUGCUUCCUUUGUCUUCUUGAUUUUAAUUAGAGACGGGAAUGCGGGGAUCACUAGCUCUUUCAUUCGGUCAGAGUGGCCAGCAGUUGACAUCCCCCUUGAUCAUGAAGCAUUUGCAGUACCGAAGGGUUAUAAUGCACCCCAACAAGUGCACAUCACGCAAGGUGACUACGAUGGAAAAGCAGUCAUCAUCUCAUGGGUGACCCCAGAUGAACCAGGGCCCAGCCAUGUACAAUACGGCACAUCCGAGAAUAAAUUUCAAACUAGUGCAGAAGGCACAGUUGCAAACUAUACCUUUUAUGAAUACAAGUCUGGCUACAUUCAUCAUUGUCUUAUUGAAGGCCUUGAGUAUAAGACUAAAUACUACUAUAGAAUCGGAAGUGGUGAUUCUUCUCGACAAUUUUGGUUUGAAACACCUCCCAAAGUUGAUCCAGAUGCUGCCUACAAAUUUGGGAUAAUUGGUGAUUUGGGCCAAACGUUUAAUUCUCUUUCCACUCUUGAGCAUUAUGUACAGAGUGGAGCGGAGACUGUCUUAUAUGUUGGAGAUCUUUCUUACGCUGAUAGGUACCAGUACAAUGAUGUUGGUUUACGGUGGGAUACAUGGGGCCGAUUUAUUGAAAGGAGUACAGCAUAUUAUCCAUGGAUAUGGUCUGCUGGAAAUCACGAAAUAGAUUACAUGCCUUACAUGGGAGAAGUUGUUCCUUUCAAAAACUAUCUUCACCGAUUUACUACUCCAUUCUUGGCCUCCCAUAGCAGCAGCCCCCUCUGGUAUGCUGUGAGGCGUGCGUCUGCCCAUAUAAUUGUGCUAUCCAGCUAUUCGCCAUUUGUAAAAUACACGCCUCAAUACAUGUGGCUUCAAGAAGAGCUGAAGCGGGUUGAUAGGGAGAAGACUCCUUGGCUCAUUGUGCUCAUGCACGUGCCACUCUACAACAGUAAUGGAGCUCACUAUAUGGAGGGUGAAAGCAUGCGAUCAGUGUUUGAGAGCUGGCUCAUCCAAUACAAAGUCGACGUGAUCUUUGCUGGACAUGUCCAUGCUUAUGAAAGAUCAUAUCGAAUCUCCAAUGUGGACUACAACAUAACAGGCGGUAACCGGUAUCCCAUACCUGACAAAUCAGCACCUGUUUAUAUAACAGUCGGAGAUGGUGGAAAUCAAGAAGGACUUGCUGCAAAGUUUUUGGAUCCACAGCCAGAAUAUUCUGCAUUUCGAGAAGCAAGCUAUGGACACUCCACCUUGGAGAUAAAAAAUAGGACUCAUGCUAUCUACCACUGGAACCGCAAUGAUGAUGGCAAGAAAGUACCAACAGACUCUUUCGUAUUGCGUAACCAGUAUUGGGGAAGCAAUAGGAGAAGAAGAAAACUGAAACAUUUUCUAUUGACAGUUAUGGAUGAAGUUGUCAACAUGUAA